AUGGCCAGCAAAAACGUCCAGCCGAAGUCGCCGCUCAGCAGCAGCGUUUACAAGUUGUAUGCCAUCAAUUUCCAUACAAAUUCGCUAAGUUCUAUACGGGAUGAGUUCAGGAGACGCGUACAGUUGGGCGAUCGUAGACGGGUUAUAGUAAUCGACUUGGAAGAAGAAAAAAAGCUCUUAGCACUAAAAGUACGCAACACACAACGCUUCGACGAUUUCACCGUUGCACUGGCGGCCAUCGAGCGCUGCUGCAAUGAAUACGCGAAUAUGUCCAGAAAAAUUGAGGAGGAAAAUAAGUUUAACUUAAUCGAUUUUUGGUUGGGAAAUCUUAAUGUGCCCACUGGUGCAACCCUGUUAAGAAAGUCGAGCGUAGCAAUCAAGAAAGGACCGGUGAAGUCACCGAAAGCCCCAGACACAUUCGCCCCUGAGAAGCGGUCAAAAGGUUCAAGAACUGCAACUAAUAAGAAGUCCGUUAUAAGUUUUCCCGUGUGUCCACAACUGGUGCCAAAGGAGCACAAUACAGUGGGGCGUCCACCAAUGCUAUCUAAGAGGAGGUACAUACAAGACGAACCGGAGCAAUCGAAACUAUUCAUAAUAAUCAUUGGCGAUAUGGACAAUGACUUUUAUUUAAGAUUGCUAAGCAAGAAGGAACCACUUGAAGCUAUUGUGCACUUUCUGCCCGAAGAAUCCGGUUACGAUUUACUACUUCCCCAUCCGGAGACCAAAGAACUACUCGCGCACACCAUUGAGGAGAUACAAGAAGAAAUCUUCGAAAUGCGCCCAUUGGCCAUUACAAAAUCCACCGGUUACAUGCAACAUUAUUUACCAGUAAUUUCGCGCUGCCUCGCGGAAAAGUACACACAGCAGAUCUACGACCAACUUAGCUACUACUUGUACGAUAUCGAGUUGCUGUAUCAACAAUACCAACACUACUAUAUCGAACCAUUUAGAAUAACCAAUGUCGCAAUGCCAGCGGGUGUAAAUGUGCAAGGAUUACAAGAAAUCGCCGAAUCGCUAACCAUGCAGGGAGCCUAUAUAAAAGCACCACUACCCGGUGUGGCCAGCGAUCAGGCAACAAUCUCCAUGUACUUGGAGGGCCUUCUGAACCAAAUAGCACAACGUACACGCAAGCUAACACCGCAACAGGCCCAGCUCACCACACUGCCAUACACAAAAACCAGCUGUUUAGAUUUGAACAUGGAUUUACGCGAUGUCUACACGACGGCCUUUGAUAGUAUUUUGAAGUUGAAAUAUUUUGAACGUUUAUGCAUUGCAGAGAACAAUGAAUUGCUGCACGAGCUGCUCUUGUAUACGAACACUGCAUCGUUCGAACGAAUACACUACACCAGCCUGGAGUACAAUGCGAUGCGAGCGUACAUUGAUAAUGACUGUGUGGAAAAUGUAUUCAAGAUACAGGCAUACGAAGAACUAUCCGAUAGAGAUCUUCUUCCACUGCCAUAUUAUGCAAAGCUAUACUUUGGUGAGAAUACAGUGAAACAGCAUCUCCAGAAUUGGUUGGUAAAAUACAAUACUUACGAGGUGGAUGAGAUUAUGCCCGGCUGUAAGUUGUACCACUUCAAAUGCAACUACAAUGAAGUGUAUGAGGAGCAGGAAGUUGCAGUGUUGCCAUCGCCUUUGUGCUUUCGCGAUUUCACACUCUUUCAAAUGGAGGCCUUUUUAGAGGCUUUAGUAACGCCGGAAAUGUUAAAGACACAAGACCCAAAAAUUGACGGGCCCACAAAAAGUUUCACAAAACAAAGUACACUGGAAACGAAUAUCAAUAGAUUAGACUUGUCUAUAUUCAUACGUCCAACUUCGCUAAAAUGGCAAAAGGUCAGACGUUACAUGGAGUCACAAUUUGCGCGUGCUACCAGCUCAACUUUUAUACCGGAACAGAGAGCCACUCAAAUAUCGAUGCGAAAGGAAACUUCGAAGAUGAAUGCAGUGCCCGGAUUGCCACGCGAUCACCCGCUACUCAAGGGGUACAAUCUAGAGGACAUACGUCAAGAGAUACAGAUAAAGAACUCAAGCUAUUACUUUCAGGAAGGUGCCCUGGAAUUGUACGAGGAGCGUUGGUGUUUCACAGAUAUGAAUAAGAAUUUAUUGUUCACAGUUAAUGGCAAUAUAUUCAAUAUCUUUCGACCACGUUUUUGGAACACCUGUGUCUCACCAUGUCUACGCUUCACGAACAAGAACAACAUUUCUGUGCGUGUGCUGAAUAAGGAAGAGGAAUGUGCGAAGAUUGUAAUCAACUAUCCCAAUGGCUUGGCAAUCUAUCACCAUGAGACCUAUGCCGAACAGGAAUGGUAUACAGGAGAAACGGUGAACGGUGAGCAACGACGCAUGUAUGUCGCCGAAGGAGCUGUUAUUGUGCAUUAUCAAAGCGAGGAUCUAAUUAUGGUGAUGCGUUAUAAUGGUGAAGUUUAUCGUUUAUACCAAUAUGAGUUUCCUGAAGGCGAGGAAGAAGAGUUGAAUGAAAUGACAGAAGAAUUAGAUCCUACACUCAAAAUAGAACUAAGAGAUAGCACAGUGAACAGGGCACAAACACGCCGAACACAGAGGGCGAGUAAAAAGGAAAAAGAAAUGGAAAACCAAAAUGAAAAAGAGAAGGGCAACGAAAAGGAAGAAAAAGCUACUUUUCGGGAGUCAGUGCGUGUGCGAAGCGGAGCGGUUUCAGCGAAAAAAUCAAGAUCUUCAAAACUUUCCGAUGGAUCAACAUUACAAAAAUCUAUAGUACUAGAAGAGCGUGUUAAACGUAAAACUGCAAAGAAUUUACUAAUUGAGUCAAUCGACAAUGAACUGAAAUUUCUCAAUGAGUUAUCAAACAAAUAUGGUCUAACAUAUCUACACCUGAUUGUGACCACAUCGAUGGGACUUAUUAUUAAUUUAACACAUCGCGGAAAGGUCUACAAAGGACACUCUUCGCCCACCCUGGAAUGGCAUGAUUAUUUCGCGAACGAAAGUUAUGCCCAACGUGGCGAUGGUGUACGCAUGAUUUGGACAGCUGACUCUUUAAAGUGUUAUCACGAAGAUGGCACUGUUUUAAUAACAACACAGGCAGAAAGAAUCGAGCUAUUCAGCUUUGACACAGAAACUGCGAUCACACUGAGUUCGUCGCACAUGGAAGAAGAAUAUGGUGGUGGUGACUUCGAUGACUCUUCGGUAAAUUUUAAAAACAAAUUGAAAAUAUCUACAGUUUCAAAAUCAUUUUCCUACCUUAGACCAACCACUUACUCAUUGAAGGUCGACUCGAAGGAUAGCAAAAUUGGUAAAAAACCAGCACCCCAAAAACCACUUCCGAGGUCAAUAUAUACACGUUCACGCGUCUUUAAUACCUUUUCACAAUAUCUAAUGCACGGUGGUGAAGGAGAAGAGGAGCAUAGAAUUGAUGAUCCGUCGUAUGUGACAUAUCGCAACGACAGCUUCAAUGUGCUGCAUAAAAGAUAUGCUGAGGUAAAAAUCGAACUGUAUGAAGUGCCAAUUAACAAUAUUGUCGUCAGUAUAAUGGCUAUUGAUGGUAUAUAUGCAUAUAUCUACAAAGAAAUACCUGUGAGCGAGAACGUAAUUUUGGACGAAUACAACGAAAUACCAAGUUUUACCAAUACGAUGGGUGGUAGUGCCACUGACAGCACACAAAUGCAUGCACCAGUUACGAAAAGCAGUUCCAUUCAUACAGAUGGUAUUGAGUUGCGUAAUUCUGCUGAUUUGAGUCAGACGAUCGAGCAAGAGAUUAUAGUGCAGACAGUGGUGAAAGUUAGCUUUGGUGAUGAUUUUGCUAUGUCCACCACCGAAGAUGCAUGUGAACUUACAAUGGAUUUGGAACGUUAUGAUGAGGAGAAGGGUAAAGUGCACGAUACUCUGGAAAUACGUUUCAAUUACGUGAAAAAUAUCGCCGACCUCUUUCAAUACUUUGUCGAUCAGAUAUCAAAAUUUAAGAAUUACCAAAAACCCCAGUCGAAGGAGUUUUAUUUUUUGGAACAUCAAAAUGCGCAAUGCAACAUAACAGGCUUCCGCUUUGUUUGUGAUCUACCAAAGUCGGUAGAGUAUAGCUUUUCAGCCAGCAAUACUUUCACGGAACUUAAAAAGCUUAAUAAUAUUAAUGAAAAAAUGACCAACGAUUAUCCUUGGUUCGAUAAGGAUAUGAAGAAAUUUCCACGUUUUCUUCCUUUGAAGAGAGAACAUGUGCCGCCAAUAAAUGAAACCUUUCCGCUCGUUUUACUAACCAACAUGUAUGUUAAAAUCCCACCACAAUUAUGCAAUACUGCCGAGAUACACAAAUUCGUGGAGCCCAUUGAAGAUUUCACUUUCAAGAAGACGGAACGCUACUUGCGCGAUGCGCUCGAAUAUUAUUUACGACCACGGAUACGUAUUGAAUUGGCAAGACUCUGGAGUGCAAAUAAUUGGAAAUUAAAACAUGAAAAACAUAAACAACGGCUGGUACGCGAACAGCAACGCACUGGGCUGUACAAGGCGAUGUUGCGGCAUAAUGUUUUCCCGAAGUACAAGCAAUUCUCUCAAGAAUUCGAUAGUCACGUAAAGAAUAUUGACUUUUUCCAAUUUGUAAUACUGCGUUGCUACAAGCCGGAGAAGGUGGAAGACGAACGAUUAGCUAAAGAGCAGAAAUUUAAGAAAAAGAUAGGCAGAGGUAAAACACCGGUUUUUAUAACACCUUCCGAGCCUCAGAAAUCCCCCGAUAGUGGAUUACAAUGGAGGUAUUCAAAAGCAAAAUAUCGUGGUCGAAACCCUCCAAAAUGUAUAACCACUUUAACUCACACAACAGCUGAUCUCGAUGCUUAGAAAAUUAUUUUUAUGUGACUAUUUUGUACAAUUAACAUUAAAUGAAACCAACUACGGUUAUAUUUAUUCUUUUCUC